AUGGACAUAAGUGCAGGAGAAAUGCAGAAAAGGUUGCGAUGGUUUCAGCUUUCUCAAAAGCUGCAUGGAGAAGCGAAGAGUCCACUUGCAGAUCUACUUGAUUUGCGAGCGAAAGGCAACCAACGGUUCCAAAAGGGCGACUGGAAAGGAGCAAUCUCAUGUUAUUCUGAAUGCAUAGACUUCGCUCUUAAGAAUAAACAGGAACUUUGCAACAAGGAAGCCAUGGAUGAAUUUUUGAGUUGUUACUCUAACAGGGCAGAGGCGUUUUUAAAGCUGGAGGAGUACGGGAAAGCCGUAGAAGACUGCGAGAAAGCCCUGCAACUUCAUUCCAGUCAUCUCAAAUCCCUCUUUCGAAAGGGCAGGGCUUUGCACGGACUCAGAGAGUACAACUUGGCCUGUUCGUGCUUUCGACUAGCACUAGAGCAAUCCCCAGAUGCCAAGGAAAUAAAGUCUCACUAUUACAAAUCGAAGAAGAUGAAUGAAGAAAACCAGCAAGGUAUGUUUGAUCUCUCUGCCUAUAUUCUAAAUGGUUUCAGACAGCAGGAUAUUCCAGAGGUGAGCAAUUAUAUUGGGCCAGUGAUUAUUCAGAAGUCGCCUCUGCAUGGUCGAGGUUUGUUUGCUACCAAGGAUGUUGAGGUCGGAGAUACUCUGCUUGUGGAGAAUGUGAUUGCAACUAGUGGCAUCUAUAGUAGGCCAGUGGCCUUGACUAUCGAAGAGAGCCCUGCCAGCGAGCUUGAACGUCUUCAUCAAGACACAGUGGAACGAGCAGCUGCUUCCGCAAUGUCAUAUCCCAGGAUUUUGCGGCAAUUGCAACACCUUACUGAUUCAUCUUGGCUGAAGGAGACACAGGUUCCAGACAUGGAGUUGUUCAGGGUAAAUAACGGUGAUUAA